AUGAAAGAGUUGGAUUUGACUAGGCAGCCACCGGGGGUCGGGUUCCGUCCGCCGCCAGAAGUACUCAUCCAAGAUUACUUGAGUCCAAAGAUCAAUGGAUCUGAUCAAGGAGCAAUUGACUUCAUUCACGUAGUUACUUUCUUCAAACAGGAUCCUUGGAAGUUGUUAGGUUCAACCGGCAUAAAGACGAGGGAACCAGGCGAUCAUUAUUUCUUCUUCUCGGAACCGGAUGCGAAGUACCGGAAUGGGAAUCGUGUGAACAGGAAGACCGAUACUGGGUACUGGAAGUUGACUGGCAAUGAUUAUGAAAUCUGGUCGGAAGGGAGGUUAAUUGGAACGAGAAAGAUACUGGUUUUCCAUGUUGGGAAAAGUCCGGACGGCGCAAAAACUAAUUGGAUUGUUCACGAGUACCACGCAACGGAGCUCGAUGGUAACAACCCCGGUCAGAAAGCCUUUGUCCUCUGUCAUUUAUUCUGGAAAUCUAACAAUGGUAGCGAAGGUCGAAAGGGAAACUCUAGCGAAGCUGGACCUUCCAACAAAUAUAAAAAGAGUGCCUCUAAUAAAGCUGGAUCUGCUGUUUCAUUUCCUACCACGUCUAAAUCUCGUCUUAAAGAAACAAAGUCGAACCUAGCACUGCCUUCAGUGCAAGCUGAAGAUUCUCGAACAGUUGAUGGAUGUUUUGAUACAGAUGAUUCUAAUGGAACCACAUCUGACAUACUUGUUGCGGGUGGUGACAACAAUGUUAAUUCUUUUGCUGCAGAGAAUCAAGUAACAGAUAUUGAGGUUGAUCUUCCUCCACCAAUAGAUAUGUACUCUGGCCUGCCGCGAGAUCCACUAGAUAGCAACCGUUUGAACCGCUCAACUCCACUCCCCAAUACACCUGCCAUUUCAUCUCCUCCCACAGCUAUAUCUUUUCUUGUAGCAGAGUCUGAGCUACCACUGGCUUCCGUAUCUCCAGCAUUAGGAAAGGUAGCAAGUAAUCAUCUCACAAGAUGUUAUUCUAAUGGAAUGACAUCUAACACUAUAACACCCAUAAAUGGUAACUGCAAUAGUUAUAGUGCGUACACUGCAAUAAAUCGUGUAGAAGAAGAAAUGAGUGGUGAGAUCGGAGACUCAAAUAUGUUCGGUGUCUUGCCAAGCUCAAAUAUGUUCGAUGUCCCGCCAGACUAUGCGUUCUGUGUCCCGCCAGAGCUAUUUUGGCUCUCCCCAUUACACUCGCAGAUGCAGUAUGUUUGCAUGCCCGACUGUGUUGCUAAUGACUCAAACUACCUUGGUGAUGACCCGCCUUUUCAAUAUGGGACAAAUGUGCCAGCUGCCUUUUCAUCCGACUUAUGGGGCCCUUAACCUCCUUAUUCAGAUGAGUUCCUUCAUAAUGAUUCUAGCAAUCAAAAGAAUCUCGCUACAGGCUCGAUAGAUAGAUUGAGCCUUGAGCAACAAAUUUGAGUGAUCACAGAACAAAAAAAAAAAAAAAAACACACACAAAUUUGAGUGAUCCUUUUUAUAUAUUUGGGUUAAAUACUUUUUUGCUUCCUAUGGUUUAACUUUAUUUGUUGCCCCUGUUAAAGUUUGUAUGAACGGUUUGGACACAAAAGAUGGAGACUAUUAUAUUAUUCAACUUAACUUUAACUUAAUACAAGCAUCCUAUUAUAUAGGAUUAGGAAAAUACCAUAAAGACUAAACUACCUCCAAAACUCUUUAAAACUAAAUGAUUAAAAACAUUAAAACAUUAAAUUAAAUAAUAAAAAAUAUAUAAUUUAAAAAAAAUGGGGGUAGUGCCACCCCUUUUGGGCAAAAUGAAGGGUGGUUGGCCACCCAAUUGAGGUAGUUGAAGCCACCCUUGGCCGGUUUGGGGGUGGCCAAAUCAACCCCAAGGACCCCAAACUUGCGAAACAGGGGUGGUUGAAACCACCCUCAAGGCUGUUGGAGGUGACUAAAACUGCCCCCGUUUGGCUUGGGGUGGUUUUGACCACCCCAGACCGGCUGAUCUGGGGUGGCCAAACCACCCCCAAAAGGCUAAUUAAAAAAAAAGAAAAAAAAUUAGGGUUGGCCCUUGGGGGUGGUUCGGCCACCCCCCAAACUGGCCAGGGGUUGUUGAAGCCACUCCCAUGGGUUGACCGGCCACCCCUUAAGGCAAUCACAGAUAUGGUCAAAGGGGGUUGACCGAUCUACCCAUGGCUGUGAGGGGAGUAGUCAUUGGGUGGUUCGGCCGCCCAACAAAUGACCAAUUAUGUACGCAAGACUAUUUGAAGGUGGUUCGGCCUCCCAUCAUUGGGUGGUCAAACUACCUCAAUUGCCAUGAGGUGGUGCGGCACCCAACAAAUGACUAUGGGUGUAGCCGAGGCCAUUAUUUGGGUGGUUCACUGACGCUGGAACAUUGUAUUUAUAUUUUAUUACUAUUAUUAUUAUUAUUAUUUUGAAUUUAUCAUGGUAUUUUUGUUUUAUUGAAAAUGUAUUUAAGGUUAUUUAAUUUUUUUUUUCUUUUUUGCUGGCUUUGGGGAUAUUGACAAAUUUUAUUUUAUUUUAUUUUAUUUAUUUAUUUUUUUUCAGUUUAGGAUGACACAUUAACUCAAUCAAUAGUUUGAGGGGGGUAUGCUUAAUUUUCAAAAUAUAAUAGUAAAACUCACAUUAAUGACAACUACUUAUGAGUAGAUGAUAACAACUACUGAUGAGUAACUAUCAUCUACCUAUUGUUUGUUUGUUGGCGUCGAUAGUUUGCUCAUCUACGACUACUAGAAUUGUUAGUAAUGUGAGUUGAGUUUUUAUUUUUGUAUCAUUGCUCAUAAUUUAUCUGAAAUUGAUAAAAGAAAAAUUCAAACUCGAAUCAGCAGCAACUAUAUUAAAAACUAUUGUCGUCGUUGAAGAGUAACUAUUGGGAAGGCCAUGAAUAAACCAAUUGCUACAUGGGUGAGAAGUUUAUUAUGUGGAAGUAGCGUAUAAAUUCUGAUAAUAUAUUUGUAUGGAUUGUGAAGUUCAUUAAAAGGCAUAUGCGCAGGAGGGAGAAGCUUCAGAAACGCAUGUUUGUGCAGGUAGUCCUAUUGUUGCUGCUGCUAAUAGUGCUUUUGGGAACCACGAAGCAUCCUUUCUGAUUCUGAUGAAAACUGUAAAAUCUCUCAAGAUCCAAGUACCAGUAUGAGGCCAAGCUUGAUGUCUAAGGGUGAUAUUUUGAUCGGCAUUAACGUCCUUUAUGUGUUCUCAAAAGCUGCUCCUCUUGGUCACAAGAUUGGGACAUUUGCUUCUGUGUUCAAGUGGUUAAGUUAUCAUUUAUCUCAAAAGCUUUAAGCUGAUAAGAAUGGUUGAUUUAAUUUAACUAAUAUUCCAACACUCCUGCACAGGUAUGGGCUCAAACUUAACACGUAGAAUGUUUAAUUAAAAUAAAAGGUGAAUGGCAGAGAUAGGGUUCAAACUCAAAACUUUAGUUAUAUUACCAUCUUAAAUCAUAAUGUUAUCUUAAGAACUUCCUAUAACAACUAUAGUGGUUGGUAAUGUGAGUUUUUAUUUUUGUGUCGUCUUUGAUAAUUUGAUAAAAAAAUAACUCAAGUAAUUAUCGUGAAGGCCAUGAAUCAAAACUGAUUGCUACACAGGUGAGAAGUUUGUUAUGUGAUGCUAGUGUGUAAAUGUAAAUUCUGAUAAUGUAUUUGUAUGGAUUGUGAAGUUCAUUAAAAGGCUGAUGUGCAGGAGAGCUAAGCUUCGGAAAAGCAUGUUGGUGCAGGUAGUCCCUAGUGCUGCCGCUGCUAAUAGUGCUUUGAGUGACCACGAAGCAUCAUUUCUGAUUCCGAUGAUAACAGUAAAAUCUCUCAAGAUCCAAGUACCAGUAUGAGGCCAAGCUUGAUGUCUAAAGGCGACAUUUGGACCGGCACUAACGUCCUUUAUGUGUUCUCAAAAGCUAGUCCUCUUUGUGCAAGAUCAGGCCAUUUGCUUUGUGUUCAGGGUAGUGGUGGUUGUAGUCUUUUGUCAUAAUCUUUGCUGGCGUAUAUAUGGAGAUGUCUCAAAUUUUGAGGCUACUUGGAGACCUUUUUGUGUAUAUAGUUGGUCGGUUCCCAAUAGGUUUUUUCUUAUUGGAAGAGUUUUGUUAGGUUUGUCAAUAAUAGUGAUUAUCCCCUGCCACUUGAACAGAAAUAAAGUAAUAUAUGCUUCGACUAUUGUUUUAUAUAAUAGCUUCACUUCUUGCG